AUGGCGGCGACCGACGAUCUGACGUCGCAACGAGCCCGUCCGGAUGAGAAAGAAGAGGAUACGAUCCUCUCGGACGACUCCUUCACCGAAUCGGACUGGGAAGGAAGCGGGGUCGACGAAGACGAGGCGGUCGCUGUAGGCGCCGUGGACGAUGCGGAUUGGGAAUUGGCUCGUGGAGACUUUACCAAGCAAUACAAUCGGGCGCGUCAAAUCGCCACAGCGCUCAAGCCUUCCUCUUCAGGUACCAAGGCGCUUCCAGCCAUCAAUCGUGUCCGUGUACGAGCUGUGCCGUCCACGUCGUCGCCCACAGAUGCGCCGACGGUUGUCGAUGCAGCGGCGGCACCUGGUGAAGAAAGUCUGACGGCCCACGCGAGCAAGACAGAUGCACAAAUGGCAGCGCUGUCCAAGUAUGCAGCUCGGAUCCACAUUGAUGAUGCGUAUGAUCCUUCACGCGUCGCUGGUGGCAGUGUUGAUGCGCGUGUGCCCCGCAAAACGAACAAGUUGGAUAUGAACAAAAGGAAGGACAAGGCGGACCGUGCGACGUUGCAGCAGGUCUUGGAUCCACGCACGCUACUGAUCCUAUCGAAGAUGAUUCGCCGUGGUUUGUUAAGUGAAGUAAAUGGCUGUAUUAGUACCGGUAAAGAGGCGAAUGUGUACCAUGCGACGAUGCCGCCUUCCGAGGAUGGCACUCUCGGUGAGCGAAGUGCCGCUGUGAAGAUUUACAAGACCAGUAUUCUUGUGUUCAAGGAUCGUGAUCGCUAUGUCUCUGGUGAGUUUCGUUUCCGACAUGGGUAUGCGCGUCACAACCCCCGCAAGAUGGUGCGUUUGUGGGCUGAGAAAGAGAUGCGCAACUUGAAGCGUCUUGUCCAUGCAGGCCUGCGUGCGCCAGCGCCUAUUGAGCUGCGCGAUCAUGUAUUGGUAAUGGAGUUCUUGGGCGAUAACGAUGGCUGGGCCAGUCCGCGACUGAAGGACGCUGAGAGUUUGAUCCAGCCGGACGAUUGGACGCGCUUGUACCGUGAAAUGGUGGCGACGAUGAGGCUUAUGUACCAUCGGUGUCGUCUGGUACAUGCUGAUCUGAGUGAAUUCAAUAUCCUCCUACACAACGACCACUUGUGGCUGAUUGAUGUGUCGCAGUCGGUAGAGCAUGAUCAUCCUCACGCCUUUGACUUUCUGCGUGAGGACAUUGCGCAUGUGGAUGCGUACUUCAGCAAGUACGGCGUACGUACGCUUGGUCUACGUCAGACGUUCCACUUUAUCGUCAAAGAUGGCGUUCGUGCUCGUGGUGGUGGCGUUGCAGGGCUGGAAAAGCUUGAGCAUGGCGACGAGCAAAUCGAUGCAGCUGUCCUAACGACCGCCGCCUCGGGAACUGUGGAGGAUUUGAGUGAGACAGAAGCGUCGCUCAUGGCGGAAUUAGCCCAGUUGGCCGAAGCCCAAGAGACGCCUGCGCCGGUGCCUUCGUUGAUUGGGGCGCUUGUCGAUGAAGUGGACGAGGCGCAGCAGCAGACCGAGGCGGCGCAGCAGCAGCAGCAACAAACGGAGGCUGACGAUGCCGUGUUCCGCCAGUCAUUCUUGCCACGUACGCUGGAAGACAUUUACGAUCCGGAGCGCGAUGCGGCGCUCGUGCGUGCGGGCCACGUCGAGAGUCUGAUUUAUUCGGGCGUGACAGGUCUGGACGAAGUCUAUGCGAAUGAACCGCCUGCGACACAAGGUGAGGACGGCGACGACGACGGCGACGACGAUGACGAUGAGGACAGUGAGGCGAACGAUAGUGGCGACGAGGGUGACGAUGAUACAGACGCCCCACAUACUACGGACGAGCAGCGGGCCAAGGAGCGUGACGAGCGCAAGGCGCAUAAGAAGCGCGUCAAGGAAGCGAAUCGCGAGCGUCGCAAAACCAAGAUGCCUAAGGCGGAGAAGAAGCGGCGUAUGAAAAAGUCGUCGGCACGCAAAAAGUAG